GAGCUCUUGUCAAUGUGGUAAUUUCGAUCUUGUUUAGAAAAUAUUGGCUUUAUUUACGACUUUUAUUUGCUUAUGAAAUAACAAAUUAGACACAUUCCAACAGUUACAUGUAAUCAAAUUUGAAUACCUCACUGGACAAUAAAAUAUUAGUUCGCGGGACCUUCAAGUGGCUGCAAGGCGAUCGUUUCGGUUAGCGAUGUCUAUGUGGAGAACACGAUUGCGAUGGGAGACUGGGUACAGUGCGGACUCAGUAGAGUGGUGUCCAGUGUUGCCCUACCAAAAUGUACUCGUGUGCGGCACGUACCAAUUGGAUAAAAAAGAUGAAGGUCAGCAAAAUAAAAAGCAAACGCGUCUUGGUAGGAUAUAUUUAUUUCUCGUCAAUAAUGACACGAAGGAAUUAAUCCCCGCCCAAACGAUUGACACGGCGGGAAUAUUGGAUCAGAAAUGGUGUUACCACACUAUUGGAGGUUAUCCUAUUUUAGGUGUGGUCACAUCUGAAGGCAAACUCCAGUUAUACAAACUGCAUGAUAUUGAUAAUUGUAUACAAUUAAAGUUAUGGAUAGAAGUUUUGAUUGGCCAAGAAUUGUUAGCUCUGUCAUUAGAUUGGUCGAGUAAUAAGACUAUGGUAGAUGAACCAAUUAUUGUCGUCAGUGACUCAGCUGGACAUAUUAAAUUAUUUAAGGUGUUAGGAGACAGUUUGAAGGAAUUGUAUGAUAGAAAAAAUCACGGAUUCGAAGCUUGGGUGGCGGCUUUCAAUUAUUGGAACCCUGACGUCUUUUAUAGUGGUGGUGACGAUUGUAUGUUCAAAGCGUAUGAUUUGCGAACACCGGACGCAAUCGUCAGCAAUAAGAAACACGAGGCUGGAGUGACGGCCGUCAGGAGCGACGUCGAUACUGAACAUAGACUGCUGACUGGCAGUUAUGAUGAAAAAGUUCGAUUAUGGGACGCGAGGAAUCUAAAAUGCUGCAUAACCGAAGUAGAUGUCAACGGCGGAGUUUGGAGACUGAAAUGGCAUCCAUACAACAACGUAGUACUAUCUGCCUGCAUGUAUGGAGGUUUCCGAUUAUUACGUGUUGAUAAAGAAAUAUCAAUCGUUUGCAAAUAUUUGGAGCACGAAAGCAUAGCGUAUGGCGCUGACUGGAAGUUCGAGGAAACAUCGAUAGUUGCAACUUGUUCCUUCUACGAUUGUAAAUUACAUAUAAGUGAAAUUGUUUUCUAAUAAAAUUGUUUU